UGCAGUGGGUCUCGUGGCGCUCGCGCGGCAUUGGGAUUGCCUCCGACUGCACGUAGCGUUUGCGCUGCCGUUCAUCGCGCGCAAUCGCUGUGCUGUAGUCUGGAAGGUUGCGUGCGUGCGCCCCGAUGUUUGCCCAGGCCAGGGGCUCUGUGUGUUUGUUUGUCGAUCACUGACGUUGGACAUACAGGCGCGAUGUGCGUUGGUUUGAUCUGCGCUGACUGGGCGGAUCCGCCGAUGCGACGGAGUUGUGUAUCAGGGCGUAGACGUCCCAUGUGUAAGCCAUGGGCUGCUCUAGCACAAAGGCAGUGGAGUUGACCAGCGAAGACCUUGAGUUCCUCAAACGAAACACAGACUAUGACGAUGCCACCAUCCGUGAUUGGUAUGCCGGCUUUAAGCAAGACUGUCCGAGCGGCCGGCUGUCCCGUUCCAAGUUCCUGGAGAUCUACAGCAUGUUCUUCACGACGGGCAACCCGGAGAAGUUCUGCGACCACGUGUUCCGCACGUUUGACGCCGACAACAAUGGCCACAUCGACUUCAAGGAGUUCCUGCUGGCCAUCGGCGUGACGGGCAGCCAGAGCUCGGAGGAGCGGCUCAAGUGGGCCUUCCGCAUGUACGACAUCAACGGCGAUGGCAAGAUAGACCGCAACGAGAUGGUCAAGAUCGUGCAGGCUCUGUACGAGAUGUUGGGUCCCGGAGCGGCCUCUGACGACGACACACCGGAACAGCGGACGCAGGCGGUGUUCUCCAAGAUGGACACCGAUGGAGACGGCAAGCUGACCCUCAAGGAGUUCUUGGACGGCUGCCUCCAGGAUCGCAAGCUGGCAGGGCUACUCACGUCCAACACUACCCUUCAGAGAUAGUGUCGCGCUUUCCUGGUUUGGUUUCCUCUUUCCUGUUGGACCUUAGCAACAGCUAGAUGACAAGGCCAGAGGGCUGAAUUUUCUAAAAAAAAAAAGCAGGUGGAUUUUUCACGAUUUCUGCGUUUGGCUGAGACCAGUUUUGAAUUAGCGAGGACACGAGAUUCAGUUAAAAGUUGGCGCAGCAUUUGCUUUCAAUCCGUGUACCGCGUUUGCCUCUUGAGGCAAUGUAGAGAAUUCAGCCCUCCGGCCUUGUUGACUGGGAGGGGUUGACUUUACCCACUUACUCUCGAGAUUUGACUGCGUUGCUGUCAGUGGACCAUUGGUCGUAAAAUUCAGUCUCUUCGAAGUGCAAAAAGGAAGUUUUUUAAGUGUUGUGGAAAGUCGAGGUUUUUGGGGGGUAGGUAAUUGAGGAAAGAAAGGAAAUAAGUGGUGGUUUUGGAGAGAUCGGAAAGAUUUUUGGGCUUCGCUUAGGUAUCGUUCGUUAUAUCUGGGAGGGAUUUGACGACUGGGUCGCUGAAAGAAGUGUUGGGAUUUGAAUAGGGUGCAUUAAGAAGCAAGGGAGACCAACCUGAAUGGGCAGCAGGUUUCGUCCCUUGUUUUGUUGAGUGUCACAAAGAUGUUGACUUCAUUGUCAGAUAUUGUUAGUUAUUAGUCUGUCCAGAAGUAGUCAGUAACCACAUUGUAAAUGUUUUGGUUGUGCCGUUCUUUGGUAAUGCCUUUUGAAUGAAAGCCAAAAAAGCCUAGUGUUUUAAUUCUAUACAAUGUAGUUUACUUUCGUACAGAAACUGGCUGGAACUACCAUUGUUGAGGAAAGUUUCUUGUAUUUUCACAUUGUGGGACCAGGACCAACUUGCGGUUGCUUGAGGGUUUUCGGUUCCCCUGUUUGGGAACCAAGUUACAGCACAGAUAUUUAUUUUCAUCGUGCCUCCGCCAUGUUUCAGGUCGUGCGCAGGAAUACUUGCUUCUUCCACAUUGUGUCCGAGGGUUGGUCAUUGUUACAUGCUCUGUGUGCUUGGCCCAGAUUUCAGUUGCCUCAGUGGUUUUUGAAAUAAAAUUGAAUCAAACCUCAA